AUGGCCUCUAGGCAGGCGGGAAACUGCCGAAUCCGCAAAGCCCGGGGCCUUAUGGUUAACGCGGAGUUUUUUUCCAAGAAAUGGCUCAUGAGUCAUGAGUGGUUUAGGGCAGAUGCAGCACAGAUGGGGCGGAUGAGUGGUGGGCCCGUGGUGCACGUGAUCAUGGAGAAGGGGGAAGGGAAGUGCAGUGUCAGACUCGUGUGGGUGAUCGGGUCUGCAGAGCUACCGGGCAAGCAGACCUGGUACAUGCCAGAUGACUCGAGGCCCCAACACCUUCCGACCACCAUUCUCGACGACACCAGUCGCAGCGCGCGUGAAGAGAAAACCAGCGGGCGCUGUCGGACUCACCAACGCAGCGGGCAACACGCCAACGCAGUGGAAAAACACUUAAAACUGCCAAUGCAAAAAGAUGAUUGUGUUCAUAGAUAUGGAAGUUACUCUGGAGUCCAACUACAACCACCGUAAGGUCAACUUCCACGACUGUAGCUAAAAACGCGUCGUCGUGUCUUUCAUCGUCCUUUCCAGUGCCUGGACAAGC